UUAAAGAAAUGUUCUAGAUCCAUUACUCUCAAAGCAGAUUAAUUUUUUCCGUCUUUAGUUGGUAUUCUCUAGUUAUAUAUAUGGAACUCUAUGCUCUCCUCCCCUUCCCGUGAAACAAGCAAUGACAGUCAAGAUAGAAAGGGCAGGAAAACACUGAAGGGCCAAGAUGGCGGAGAGGUUGAUCUUGUUGGAUGCUGAUGGCAUCAAAAAGAAAGUGCUACAUGCGGGAAAGGGCGAACUAUCGUUAUUUGGCGAUGGCACAAAGGCCACAUUCCACUACAAGACACAGAAAUGUGAUGAUGAUCGGACGGUGAUUGAUGAUAGUCGAACCAGAGGCAAGCCUAUGGAACUAAUCAUUGGGAAGAAGUUCAAACUGCCUGUUUGGGAGACCAUCAUUUCCACUAUGAAAGAAGGAGAGAUGGCUGAAUUUCUCUGUGACGUGAAGCAUGUCCUACUUUACCCUAUGGUAUCAAAGAGUCUACGUAAUAUUGCCAUAGGCAAGGAUCCCUUGGAGGGACAGCGUCACUGUUGCGGCAUUGCCCAAAUGCAUGACCACCACCAUUUUCUGGGGUAUCCUGACCUGGAUGAGCUUCAGCACAAUCCACAGCCCCUCAUCUUCACUAUUGAAAUGAUCCAGGUACAAGAACCUGGCACUUAUCGACAAGACCCAUGGGCUAUGACUGAUGAACAGAAGCUAGAGGCAGUGCCAUUUAUUCAUGAAGAGGGGAACCAGCUAUACAAGCAAGGAAAGAUUGCUGAGGCAUCUACCAAGUACUAUGAUGCCAUUGCCUGUCUGAAGAAUUUGCAGUUGAAGGAACGGCCAGGUUCUGAGGAGUGGAUUGAGCUGGAUUUGAUGAUCACGCCUUUGCUGUUGAACUACUGUCAGUGCAAGCUGCUUCUGGAGGAGUACUAUGAGGUCGUGGAGCACUGCACUGCCAUUUUAAACAAGUAUGAAGACAAUGUGAAAGCCUACUUCAGAAGGGGAAAAGCACAUGCAGCCAUCUGGAACAAGGAGGAUGCUGAGAAGGAUUUUGCCAUGGCUCUGAAGCUGGAUCCAUCGCUUACAUCUUUGGUGAACAGGGAGCUGAAGAUGCUGGAAGCACGUAUGCAGGAGAAGGAUAAAGAGGACAAAAUUCGUUUUAAAGGAUUAUUUCAGUAAAAGCUGACAGGGGGACUGAUGGUGAUAGCAUGUACCUGCAUACAUCAGGGAUGAAGUCUUCAACGAGAAAUAAAAGCUGAUCUCAUAUUGAAAGGAUGAUUGGUGGACUAGAAGAAAGGGUCAGUCUAGUGGAACAGCUUUCAGAACAAAACAGCACAUUCCAUCAGACAUUUUCAUUGUUUGAAGUUGAGCUUUCAAACUUAAGUUUGUUGCCAAAAGGACUGCUGUUGUCAUGGAGUACAGGUUAUCCAGUCACAGUUGCCAGAAAGACAAGUAUUGUUAUUUUGCUUGUAUGUUUACAUGCAAUUCCAAAUACAUGAGCAUUGCACACAUAUCUGCAGAGUAAAACACAAUACGUGUGCAGGCAGUCACACGUUGUCAGGGAGUGGUUUGUGCAUAUAAGCAUGCACAGCUCAAAAUCGGCAGACGUAAGAUAAAUGCAAAUACAGUUAUGCACUUGUAAAACUGCACAUUUUGGCUGGCAGCUCAGAACAUUUAAAUACACAGCUUUUAUGCAGAUAGUGUACUUGCUUUCUGAUUUGGUUACAAGCACAGUAAAUACAGAUGCACGUGUAUACAUACUAUGCAAAAUAAUCUCUUUCCCACCCACCUACGCAUAGCAGUGCAUCAUUGCAUGUUCAUACAAUGAGGGAGAUGGUGUCAUGUUGUCACAUAAUGGCAAUACUUUAAUGUAUCAGUUACAAAUUCACGGACAUGGACACUUGGAUUCUUAAUUACCAGGUAUAUUUGUUUGCGUAUGUGUAAUGAGCUGAUAUGAAAGGCUGAGUGAGAAUUUCAUGAACAUAGUACAUAUAUCUGCCAUGCUUUAUUUAGCCCAUCAAUGCCAUGUCAAUUUCUGAGCAAAAAAGUGCAGAAAGGCCAUCAUAAUAACAAAAAUGCUAGUUAAUAAAGGCUUAACUGUGAGUUGUAAUGUAACAAACCUGACUGACCAUACUAAGAUUAUUAAGCUUAUAAAAGACACUGGCCAACAGAUCACAUUCUCGAUUUUCAUAGUCAUAAAUACAGUGUACUUUAAUGUUUGAGUUACUGAAGUGCAAGUCUGGGACAUGGUCCUAACUAAGAAAUAAGAAUGAGUUUAAGUAUAAAAGACAUUAAAAGAACAUUAAAUUGCAUUUAAUCAUGUGACUUAUAGCAGAGCCCAACUAGAACUACCAUUGAACCGGUCAGUCUUCAAGGUCAUGUAGGAGAAGAUAGAUACCUGGAGACAGAGUAUUUGGCAAGAAGCAUGAGCAGAAGUAAUAAUACAUUUGGGGGUUACAAUUUGAGGGCCAAGUGUAUGCAUUCUGAUUUUUUACAGUUGGUGACCAUGGUCAUGGUAGAGGAGGUGAAACUCUUUUCUUUCAAUGUGCAGUAACAAUAGUUGAUUUUAGUAAGUACAGACUGAUCAGAGCAUGGAAGUUAGAGGCUUUGUUUCCCACAGAAAUCAUUGUUUAAAUGCUGCUUGAGUGUUUUUGUUUUUUUUUAUUCAACAUCGCAUCCAGUUCCACUGUAUUUUAUAGAUUGCUGUGUAAUCAACACACUGUUUAGUUUUCAGAAAGGAAGAGAUACUGAGAAUUGCAUAGAAAAAAUCCUUGCAAGACUGUUUCAUUGCAUAUAUCUGGUAAAGGGAUAAGAGUAGAGCUUCUUAGUUAAUCCCUGAUGUUUAUUUCUGCUCACAUUUUAGCUGCCACUGUGAUAUCUGAGGUAGUAAAGAACAGCCUUUUUACAAAAGCUGCAUAUAUUCCUCAUUUUACUGUACAGUUUGGAUUUCUAUAGAUGUAGAAGUAGCAUUCCAGUGAAAUUGAUAGCUUCCGGCACAUUUUGAAUCAGGUUCCUCCCACAUGACUUUGUUUCUGAUUACAUAUUUCUCUUGAUGAAUACUGUUGUUUGAUAAUCACUUCAAAGUUAAUUUUAGCAAUUCAGUAAAUGUAUGUCUUUA